GCAAAAACGAUACCAAGCGCGGGUCUUUCCCCUCCAUCUCUCUUUAGGGUUUUUGGUGUUAGCUUUGACGAGGAAAUCGAAACCCAGAAAACACUGUCCUCGUUGAAGAAACAAAAACAGAGAAAACGCAAUGGCGUUUUCGAUGUUUUCUACUCCGCAGCCACAACAACAGCAGCAGCUGUUUCAGCCUCAAGCUCAAACUUUUCAGCAGAGCAGUCCUUUUUUCCCGCAACAACAGCAACAGCAACAGCAACAACAAUUGCAACUCUUCCAACCACCGCAGCAGCAACAACAACAGCAGCAACAGUUUCAGCAGCAGCAGCAGCAACAGCAACAGCAACAGCAACAACAGCAUUUGUUUCUGUUCACUAACGAUAAAACUCCGGCGAAUUAUAGUACCAAGUGGUCGGAUCUUCAUCCUGAGUCCCAGAAAAUUCUCCUUCAGAUCGAGGAGCGGAUAUUGAAGUAUAGAGAUGAGAGCCAGAGGCUGGAUCAGUGUACUCGUCUUUAUGAUUCUUCAGUUUGCAAUGAUGCAUUCGAGCCUGAUGCAAGCCGAAUUGUUCAGUGUCAUUGCUCGAAAUGCGACCACCUACCAUACACAGUAGUGUCAAUAUUGAAGCUGCCCGACUUCAUUUUGGCUCCCAAAGAGCCAGCUAUAUUACCCUCCCUUAAACAGAAGCACUCAACCACCACGCGUCAGCCUUAUUCAAGCAUGGAACUUGGGGGAGUUAGCACUGCCAUGGAACGACAGAAAGCUGUGCUGCAGGAGCUGAUGGCUGUUGUGAAAGAUAUGUUACGGAACACAGAGGUUGGUAUUCGUUCUUUCAUGAUGCUACGCCCAAGGUUCCUUCAUCCAAAUACUGGAGGUGCUUCAAAUGUCAUUGCACCAUCACAAGCUCCCGGAGCGACAGCAACAUCUGUUAUGAGUGGUCAAAUGACGGCAACCUCUAUAGUGCCAGUUUUUGAUUUCUACAGUGGGGUUCCGAGAAAACCAUCACCCUUUUUACAGCAAACAGUUGCCAGAUUUGAGAAGUAUCUCGGUGAGUGCCGCCAAUGGAUUGAAGAAUUAGAGCAGCUUCUCCUUUUAGGUUCUGACAGGAACUCUUUCAAUCUUGGAUACUCAUUGUUACAAUCUCUUCCAAAAGUCAUGUCAAAUGUGCAUGACUUUUUUCUUCACGUGGCUGCUAAGGUGGAGAGUAUUCAUCAGUAUAUUGAAUCCAUGAAAGCAGCUUAUCUUGCUGAUCAGCGUCACCAAGGCUAUGGGAAUGAUCCCUUUCUUGAAGCUGAUAGGCGUGAAACAGCAAGACAGGAAGCUGCUGCUAAGAGAGUACAUCCGACUUUGCAUUUGCCAACAAAUUCACAACCAUCAACACAAGUUGCAGGGUUGCUUGCCAGCUCCGGGACUCAUGGGACAUCGGCUUCCCAACAGACAUCUGCAGCGACCACAUUGGUGUCGUCAGGGAGUGGCUUGUCACUUUUUGGCACACCUACUUCUGCCCCUUCCCCUGUGUCAUCUUCUCUGUUUGCAACACCAACCACUUCUGCUCCGGUAUCCUCUCUAUUCGGAUCAUCUGGUGCUACUCCACAGACAUCCCUUUUUGGUUCUUCAUCAGGAUCUUUGUUCGGGUCUGCCUCUACUCCCUCUUUGUUUGCUAGUGCCGCCCCAGCUUUUGGUUCUACCACUCCCUCUGGAAGUUCACUAUUUUCAACACCAUUUGCUUCAGGUGCUGCAACAGGUUCUGGGGCCAGCUUUGGGACUGCAUCAAAAUCAUCAAAACCAAAGUCUAGAACCGGUAGAAGGUAGCUUCGGUUCAGUGUUUCUGCAAAGAACGCUCUCAAUUGAGCAAAAUCAAAUUGGCAGAUCAAAUGUGCUGUGUCAUGACCUACCGGUUCUGCAUUAAUCCUGUGUGUUCCCAAAGAUGGCAGGGAGAUGCUGGGGGAUCUGUGUUACUGUAACACCGUAGGGUAAAAUAUUCGGGUAAAAUGGUUGUGGAUGACUGGAUGUGAAUGUGAAUUCUUAGCCCAAAAGUUUCACCUGCAUUUGUCCAGAUAUUAGAAUAUAUUCAAUUAAUCUGUUUAUCCACAUUUUUAAUUUUUAUUAAUAUUAUUUUGCCCUU